UCAGAUCCAUUUGAUGAUGACCCUAGUGUUUUAAGGGCUGUAUUAUCUUGUGGUCAUGUUACGAGUGCUGAUACAUUGACAGACUGCUGCAAAGCACAGCUAGAUAAAGGACAAACAUAUUUUGAAUGCCCUCUAUGUCAGGAACAGUGGCCUUACGAUGAAGUGAGAAAACUGGCCAAGCUAAUACCUAGUGAAAAACUUGAAUUUGAAGAACGUCUUUGGGAAAAUGCGACUGCUGACACUAAGACUUGUCCUGGUUGUGGCACCUACAGUAAAAGGACAGACGCUUCUAAUCUCUGUGUACAAUGUAAUGUAUGCACAGUGAGGAAAGGAAGAGUCUAUGAAUUCUGCUGGCAGUGUGAGAGAGAAUGGAAAGGACGCCGUCCACGUGCUGAUCGAUGUGACAAUAACAACUGUACCCAAAGUGAACAAGAUAUCCUGAGAAAUUGUCCAAUGAUCACACUGAAAAAUGUUGAAAAUGUUCAAUGCCCAUCAUUUCGUGCCUGUACAAAUUGUCAGGUGUUGAUUGAGCACACUGGGGAGGGGUGUAAAAUAAUGACAUGCAAGAACUGUGAACAAGAAUUCUGCUUUAUCUGUCUAAAAUCAGCUAACAACUGCUUAUCAACUAAAACACAUUUUAAAGUUUGCAUAAAUGGCGUUGCUCCAAGGCAGGAAUAAAUUGUUUUGAAUUUCAACA